AUGGAGCCGCCGAUCCACCCGGAGGCUGAGAGGGCCGGCGGCAGGUCCGCGGAGAGACGGCAACCGGGGGCUGGGACGGUGACCCGAGGUCUCUGUCCGUACCCAAAGGAGAUUGAUGACACAGAGGACACAGUAUCAAAAGGUGACGGCGAUGUAGCUCUUGAAGAACAUGUACCUCCCACAUAUGUCAAGCACGCAAGGGAGAAGGAGGCAAGGGAGAAGGAGGCAAGGGAGAAGGAGGCAAGGGAGAAGGAGGCAAGGGAGAAGGAGGCAAGGGAGAAGGAGGCAAGGGAGAAGGAGGCAAGGGAGAAGGAGGCAAGGGAGAAGGAGGCAAGGGAGAAGGAGGCAAGGGAGAAGGAGGCAAGGGAGAAGGAGGCAAGGGAGAAGGAGGCAAGGGAGAAGGAGGCAAGGCAGAAGGAGGCAAGGCAGAAGGAGGCAAGGCAGAAGGAGGCAAGGCAGAAGGAGGCAAGGCAGAAGGAGGCAAGGCAGAAGGAGGCAAGGGAGAAGAAGGCAAGGGAGAAGAAGGCAAGGGAGAAGAAGGCAAGGGAGAAGAAGGCAAGGGAGAAGAAGGCAAGGGAGAAGAAGGCAAGGGAGAAGAAGGCAAGGGAGAAGAAGGCAAGGGAGAAGAAGGCUGCGACACCGGCGGCGGCGGUACCAAGGUCACGGGGGCAUCGUCAACGCUGGCGGAUGGCGCAGCCGGUCGGACCGGCGGAGGAGCCGGUGGAGCCUGCAGCCGCUGUGGAGAUGACUGCUGUUGCUGCUAGAUGGGGUCUGGCACCCCUGCACGCCAACCACAGGCGGAAGAGAUCACAUCCGGGCGGCCGGAAGAAGGCGGCAGAGCGGUUUGCUGGGAAGACCCUGAUAUCAGCGCUGGAGUUGGUUGCGGUGCCGGCAGACCACUUUGUCGGCAAUGCGGACAUCAAAGAGCUGACGGCCUUGCGGCUGGACGAUCACCCCCUCAAUCCAUCCGGCUCUCGGAGUGAGAGUGGUGCUGAGGAGGGUGAGAGUGGUGCUGAGGAGGGUGAGAGUGGUGCUGAGAAGGGUGAGAGUGGUGCUGAGGAGGGUGAGAGUGGUGCUGAGGAGGGUGAGAGUGGUGCUGAGGAGGGUGAGAGUGGUGCUGAGGAGGGUGAGAGUGGUGCUGAGGAGGGUGAGAGUGGUGCUGAGGAGGGUGAGAGUGGUGCUGAGGAGGGUGAGAGUGGUGCUGAGGAGGGUGAGAGUGGUGCUGAGGAGGGUGAGAGUGGUGCUGAGGAGGGUGAGAGUGGUGCUGAGGAGGGUGAGAGUGGUGCUGAGGAGGGUGAGAGUGGUGCUGAGGAGGGUGAGAGUGGUGCUGAGGAGGGUGAGAGUGGUGCUGAGGAGAGAGUUUUUGCUUUGGGAGGAGAGUGCCAUCAAGAUAACAGCCAUGGUAAGUGA